AUGGGACUUGCAAUCUAUAUUUUUCUCGCCCUGCUGGGCUACGUGCUGGGUCAGGAGCCUCAGGAGUGCCCGGCCGAACAGCUGACGGUCAAGACAUCCACGGGCACAUUUACAGGCUUAAUUGAUGCCGAAUUUCCACACACACGUCAAUUCCGCGCCGUACCAUUUGCAAAGCCACCCGUGGCAUCACUCCGUUGGAUGCCCCCGCAGAAACUUGAACCGACAGACUCGCACCACUAUGCGACGCGCUUCCCGCCGUCUUGCCCUCAGUUCGUAUCGGGCGUGCCCACAUUCUGGAAUGGCGACCUUACUCGAGGCAAUUUGAUCUACAAUGGAGCACAGAAUGAUACUUCAGGACUCGUGGGCGAAGCUACUUCCGAAGAUUGCUUAUAUCUAGCCAUAUGGACGCCAACACUUGCCAAUAACGAAACUACACCAAUGCAAGACGAUCUCCUACCAGUCCUCUUCUUCAUGACAGGUGGGGGGUUCUACAUGGGAGGGAUCGACAUCCCCUGGCAGAUGCCAACAUCGUGGGUGGAAAGGUCACGAUCGCACAUCGUGGUCACCAUCAAUUACCGCGUCGGCAUCUUUGGCUUCCCCAACGCCCGCGGGCUCGAGGACCAAAACCUCGGCAUCCUCGACCAGCGCGCAGCCCUCGAGUGGGUGCGGGAUAACAUUGCCGCUUUCGGCGGCGACCCGACCCGCAUCACGCAGAUGGGCCGGUCGGCGGGAGCCACCUCGGUCGACAUGCACUCGUACGCCUGGCACGACGACCCCAUCGCCCAGGCAAUCUACAUGCAGUCGGGAACCGUCUUCUCAACCAACCCGACUCGCUUUGCACCUCCGGCCUAUUCGAAUUUCAGCUUCGUGGCCCGCCAGCUCGGUUGCCAGUCUACCUGCAGCGGCGACGGCGGCGAGCAAGGUGGAGGCGAGGAGGCUGCUGCUGCUGCGGCGGAGCUGGACUGCAUGCGGCGGUUGUCUUUCAUGCAGAUUAUCAAUUUUAUCGGACAGUAUGGCGACAAUGAAACAACGCCCCCGCUCAUCUUCAGUUGGACCCCAGACGACCGUGUCGUCUUUUACAACUACACGGCGCGCUCCGAAGCAGGCCUGAUCGCGCGCAUUCCGUACAUGAUCUCAGUCGCGGCCAACGAGUGGUCGUCACUGGUUCCCUGGCCGGCUGAGAACAUAACCGAGGGCCCGUCGCAGCCAUAUAUCACGGAACUGAACGUGGACAGCUACGUCUGUCCGACUCUCAAUUCGACCGUUUACCGCAACAGAUUGGGGGACGAGACGCCUGUGUUUCGGUUCCAGUGGGCCGGCACUUUCCCCAACCUCAACGUCUACAAGUGGCUCGGGGCGUACCACGCCAGCGACAUCCCCAUGUUCUUCGGCACCUACCAUCUGCUUGAUCACGUUGCCAACACGACAGACUUUCAGACAGAAGUCAGCAUGGCCCUGCAAGACCACAUACUUGCCUUUGUCAAGGAUCCAAACCAAGGUCCCCAGCGGGAAUACGGUUGGCUGCCCAUGGACGCCGGCGAGCCGAAUGGAGGACAUCUCCUCCGGUUCGGCGCUGGAGGAAAGGCAGUGCAGCACAUUGAUGGCGUCGAGGUGGAUGGAGUCUGUACAGGACUAAGAGAAUACGACCCGUUCCCCCAAUAA